AUUUAAAAAAAUGGACACUGCUUCUUAUACCUUUCAAGCAUCCUCCGAGACAAUGUGUGCCAGCCAACUGCUAGAGUUUAAAACAAGUUUAAUUGAAGCUGUUGCAGAACUUCAUAUGGGACGUGCUGCUAAAAUUCAGUAUGAAGAACAAAUUAGCAAAGUUCUAUUAGAAAAACAAGAUCUUCUGUGGCAAAACGAAACAUUAACAAAUCAGGCAAAGAACCUGGACAAGCAGCAUACAGAAGCGAUGGAUGCUUUAAAAAAACAGUUUCAGGCAAAGAUGUGUGCUGUUGAAGAGGAGAAGGGACAAAUUCAGCUUGCUGUAGAAACUAAAGGGAAAGAAAUCUGCAGCUUCAAAGAAGACUUAAAAACAUUACAGUUGCUAAAUUACAACUUGCAGAAGAAACUACAUGAUAUGGAGCAGAAGGCUCAGCUGCAUGUAUUGGCCAAGGAAGAUCACAUUAAGCAACUCUCUGAAUUCGAAAGGUGCUAUGCGAAUAUCACGUGCCAGUUUGGAAUCACAAAAGAAAUGCAUGAAAAAUUGGAGCAAAAUGUACAGGAGGCCAUACAGCAGAACCAGAAACUGAUGUCUGAAAAUAAAGAAAAAAAAUCUGAGUCGGAUCACCUAAGAGAGGAACUAAGGAAAAAUUCUGUUGAGCUGAUGAAAUAUAAGGUGAUGUGCGAGAAACAGGCAGAUGAGGAGAAACACGUCCUUAUUGAGAAAGAACAGCAGCUGCGAGAGCUACAGAACAAGCUUUUAAUGGAGGCUGAAAUAAACAAGAAGCUUUCAGAGGCCAAUCUUAGUCUCAAGGAUGAGAAGCAGGAGGCGCUAAGAUCCUUACAAAAUAUGAUGGAGCUAAUUCAGCGGUACACCCAGACCAUCCAGAAAUUGGAACAUCAACUGACUGCACUAGAAAAGGACUAUCAGACCCUGGAGAGAGAUAAUGAGCUGCAGAGGGCAAAGGCAAAGGAAAAUGAGGAAAAGUUCCUUGCUCUGCAGCGUGAGCAUGAGAAAGCCUUGGAAAUCAGCAAGAAACAGGAAAAGAGCGUGACAUGUCAGACUGAUAUAAAGAGCGAAGAACAGGAACUGGUGGAAAAGGAACUUAAACACAGUCAGGAACUGAUAAGUGAAGAUAUGAGGACUAUUGCAUUGCCACAGGAUCAAGAGCAUACCUCGUCAAUGGUACCAGAAUUGGAACAGAAUCUAUGUAAAUCUCACUGUCUACAAUCUGAAAACACAGCUGAGCAUGAUCAAGAUAAGAGCAUGGAAACUCACUCGGAAAACUGUUCUUUAGGUGCUGCUGUUGUAAGAGAUAUGUUAGGCGAGGCAUCUGCAUGUAACGAAACCAGCACUGAUCUGAACAGCUCUCAAUGUGAUAAUGUAAAGGAGAACAAAAGCUUUUUUGAAGAACAAAAAGAUGAAUUUAGCAUUGGUAAUAACAAAGUCAAGUUUCCAGCAUCUGAAGAUACUAUAAAACAACCCUGUGAGGUUGAAGGCCUGGUUGACAUUGCAGCUUUGAGUAGAAAUGCCCAUUUUGGAGCAGAUAACUCUACACCUUUCAUAAAAGAUGAAACCACUUUGGAAUCAGCUAAGGUGCCAGCAGACAACGCUAAACCCCUGGCCGACUGCUCUGAGCAUCAAACUCAACCAGAAGACUCCUUCAGUGAUAAAUAUGGGGAUGAUAGAAGUGAUGUGGCUCUUAAGGCGGGGUCCAAAGAUGGAAGAAGCGUUCAAAUAAAUAAACAACACAAACAGGAAACCAAAUUGUCUCCUUUACAUCUUUCAGCUAAAGCAAAUGUAACGGCUGGAAAAAACGUGACUUGUCUGAUCAAGGCUGGAAAUCCUUAUCAAUCAAUUGCUCAGAACUGGGGACCACUAGAGUUAAACAUAGUUUCUAGCAAACGUGAUGUUUAUGAUCAAUAUCAAACCGAUCUCAAAGGCAAGAACCCCAGAGAGUUCUGUUCUAAUAUUCCUGCAGGUGAAGAGACUUACAAAGAUGAUAGGGAUACAUUUCUCUCUAAUAAGGAGGAAUUCAGUAACCAGAUAUUCAGUGCAGAGGAAAGUCCUUCGACCCCACCAAUAACAGUUCCGCCGGAUGUCAGUGAGAAGAAUAGAAAUUUAAGAAAUACUCCAGAUCAUUCUCUUAAGAGUCACAGUUUGUUAAACCCAUUAAAUGAGAGGCAUACAGGCGGACCAACAGUUUGUACUAAAAAAAGAAUCCUGGAUUAUUCAAGGACAUCAGGGCAUGGAAAUAUCCAUACAAAUAAAUCAGAUCUACGUGAUAUAAAAGAAAUUUCUGUGAGUGGACAUAAUUCCACUGCUUGCCCUACAAUCAGAAAGAGUGAACAGGAAAACCCCAAAAGCGCUGAGGAGGCAACAAACCAAUCAGUUGUUAGUUACUCAACCCAAGAACAGGCUGGUGGGAAUGUUCCAGUGGAAUCCCAUCCAACAAUAGGCAGUGGGAAGCCUAACAGCCCAAUAACUGCACAUUCUGGUGCAAUACUUAGUGAAAACAUAGGGGAAGCAGAGAUUGUGAAACAAGCGACUGGCGCUUCAGCUUUACCCGAUCAUCCGCUUCUUAAGAGCUAUCAGAGCGAAGAAUGGAAUACGGUCGUUCAGACUUAUCGAGAUGCUUCCGAAAGGCAGACUUCAGUUUCACCCGAGUUACCGCUGGAGGCAAAAGUGGGUCACUCCUGCUCCAAAUUAAAGGACAAAAUCAGUGAAAUUGAGAAGCUGUUGCUUUACCAAAGAUUCAGUGGAGGAAGGAAAAGAAAAUUAGCAGCGGACACACAAACCCCUGCGGAAUAAGUACUUCCUGUUUGUUUUAGCUCACUAUUUAAGGGGUGGUUCCCCUUUAAGUUAACAUUUAACAUGCUAUAGAGUGUCCUAUUCCUUUAUUAUUUAUUUUGGUUUAGAAUGACUUGCCUUCUACUGCUACAUGUUUCCAGCUUUCAAAAGGGGGUCACUGACUCCAGUAGCCAAAAACUUUUGUUAUAACUGUUAUUAUCGCUGCGGUUACUUUUUUAUGACUUAUCUUUCUAUUCAGUCCUUUUUCUUAUUCAUAUUCCAGUUUCUCACUGCCUGGUUGCUAUGGUAAACAAGACCCUAGCAACCAGACAGCUGCUGAAAUUCAAAACGGGAGCACUGCUGAACAAAAAGCUUGAUAACUGAAAAACCACAAAAAAGAAAAAAUGAUAACCAAUUGCAAAUUGUCUCAGAAUAUCACAAUCUACAUCAUAUAAAAGUAAAUUUAAUAGUGAACAACCCCUUUAAGAUAAAUUUUGAUUCAGGUUACAUGUCCAAUAUCAUCCCUCUCCAGUCCCGACAGACAGGCAGGGUCGGACUGGGCUGCCAGGACACGGGGAAAAAACCCGGUGGGCCCCAACGCGCUAAAUUUAUAUGCGCUCAGGGAGAGAG